AUGGCACCGCGCACGCGAGAGGAGCUUCUUUCCUACGGCAUCCCGGACCCCGCUCUCCUGGCCGAGCUGGAGCGCAACCCGGUCCGGGACCCGCAGCCGUCGGACCCGUACUACGGGCGGGACGACCACGCGGCCAAGCGCGCACACCGCGCCACGACGCUGCGGGAGAAGCACCACCUGCGGUACCUGCCAGGGCCCAUCCCGGAGCAGGUGCACGAGGAGGACCGGCGGAUCCCCGUGCGCGACGGCGCCGAGAUCACGGUCCGGAUCUACCGGCCCACGGCGCCGUUGCCGCCCCCCACCGACGAGGGAGCCGCCGCCCGCCCGCUGAUCGUCAUGUACCACGAGGGCGGCUGGAGCAUGGGCGACCUGACGGACGAGGAGGUCAACUGCCGGCUGUUCAGCCGCGACCUCGGCGCUGUCUGCGUCAAUGUGGAGUACCGGCUUGCACCGGAACACCCCUUCCCAACCUGGAUCAACGACUCCUGGGAUGCGCUACAAUGGGCCGCCGCCAACGCCGCAUCCCUGGGCGCCGACCCGGCCGGCGCGGGCUUUGUCGUGGGCGGCGGGUCGGCGGGGGGCAACAUCGCGGCGGUGCUGGCGCACGUGGCGCGGGACAGCGGGCUGUCGCCGGGGCUGACGGGGCAGUACCUGUGCGUGCCGGCCAUCACGUGCCUGCUGGACCCGGGGCUGGUGCCGGCGGCGUACCGGGCCGAGUACCUGUCGCACCCGGCGGUGACGCCGGCGCGGGACCCCGUGCUCAAGCUGGGCGGCGAUGGCGACGACCCGGCCGCGGGCCGCCGCAUGCUGCGGAGGCUCGGCGCCGACCCGGACAGCCCGCUCAUGGUGCCGCUCCACUACGGCCGGCAGGGCGAGCGCGGGCACCGCGGCGUGCCGCCUGCGUACUUCCAGGUCUGCGGGCUGGACCCGCUGAGGGACGAGGCGCUGAUCUACGAGAGGGUCCUGAGGGAGGAGGCCGGCGUGCGGACAAAGGUGGACCUGUACCCCGGCCUGGGCCACUACUUCUGGACGAACUAUCCGGGGCUCGAGGCGAGUAAGAAGUUCGUUGAGGAUACAGUUGUGGGGGUGAGGUGGCUUUUGCAGCAGAAGUGA